AUGGCCCUCGCGGCCACGCCCGACGCCCGGCUGGUGGCCGCCCGUCUCGGCGCCUCCGGCGUCCGGCCAGGCGCCCCCUGCCUUAGCCGGGCCGCUACCGGCCUACCGCGGGGUGCGGCGUGCUCCGGCCUCCACCUGCGAUAUGUGCCUGCCCCUACACCGGAACCUGGAGAGGCUGGCCGCCGCCGGCUCGCCACCCCCUCCCUCGUCUCCGGCAUCACAGCAGCCGGCGCGGUGCGCGUCCACGCUGGGCGGUCGGCGGACGUCGUGGCCCAACCCCGCGUCCACGCCGCGCGAGCGGCCAGAGCGCCCCUGGCCCGUGGCAAGCAGACACUAGCCCGACGCGCCCCCCGCGUGUCUUGCGUGCGGGCCGCGCCCACUAUCGCCGGUGGCCUCGCCUGGUGCAGGGCAGCUGCCGUCGGGGGCCUCUCCCAGCGCGAGGGCAGCACCCCGGGCAUCAUCCGGUGCAGGGGCCGUGGCCGCCCUCGUCCGACACAGGAGCAGUGCCGGGCGUUCGCGCCGGGGGGCGCGGCCAAGGCCGGGCUCCUGUCCGGGACCGCGGCGGCCGCCGUCGCCGCGGUCGAGGCGCUGGUGCCGCAGGCGCGCGAGCCCGUGCUGUGGCUUUGUGGGGCGUGCCGGAAUGCCCUAGGUGCCCGCCGCAUCCGUCUUCCUCAACGUCUUCCUGCUCGGCUCGCUCGACCGCCAGUCGUACGUCCGGUUCGGAUUCUUCUCGACCUUCGCCGUGCUGGUCUACGUGCUCUACAGGGUGCACGGCAGCUACGACGCCGUGGAGGGCGGCGGCGACAAGCUGCAGGACCAAGGGUGCGUGGUGUAGCAGAGUCGUUGACGUUGGCAGACAGCGCAUCCAUGGAGGUCGAGCACGGCGUGGAGGGCCAGACCACGCCCCCAGCUGUCUGUGCGUUGCAGGAGGAGGCGUUCCACCACCAUUACCAGCAGCAGCACCAGUGGCCGGCGCAGCACUGCGUUGCGUCGCCGCAGCCGCAGUUCCCGGCCGCGAGCUACCAGCAAGCCCUGUCACGUGGUCGUGGUGACGGCCUGACGGCGCGAACCAGAGCAGGAUGGACACGGUAG